AAUCUAAAGGUCGCCGUUUGUCGGGGACGAGAAAAGCUAGCGAAGGCUAACUCGCAAUUUUUGAUAAAAUGAAGGGCAAAUGGCGCAAUCUUCGGUCUUUUUCCCGCGGCUUUGAACGCGGCAUUUGGUUCGGCUUUUCCGCUCUCCCCCCGCUCUCGCUCUCGCUCGAGUGAUCCUUCAGGGUGGGUAGGAAAUUAUUCCGAAAUCAACUCCGAGAGAAUCCAACUGGUGACCCCGAUUUUUUGUUGUGAAGAUUACAGAUCUCUCCAAAUUGUUGACGGCUUAUUCAAUCCGAAUCAUCCCUUUCACAGCAUCUCGCAGCGCUGGAUCCUUAGGUGCACUCCUUCCUUGCUUUCUGCACCCGCUGAUCUCUUUGCCCUUUUCCCUCCCUUGGCUUUCUCCGUCUACACUUGUGUUUGGACAGAGGAGGGAACAGGAGCGUAAAGAAGCAACAGCACGCGAAGAUGAAGUUUUACAUAUCGACAGCAGGGAUGAAAAGAGUCACGAUAUUGAGCGCCGGGGGCGGCGGCGGGGGAGGAGGAGGUGGUGGAGGGAAGCCCUCGCCGGCGACGCGCCGAAUUUCUAAUCGGGCGAUAGUGACGGCUGUGUUGAUUCUUGGGACUGUUUUGCCCUUUCUCUUCUUGAGAAUUGCAUUUUUGGUACUGGAAUCUGCUACAGCCUGCUCCUCUUCUAUCGAUUGCAUGGGAUGGAGGUUUUUCGGUCAGGGUGACGCAUCGCUGAAGCUCAGGGAUGAGCUGACGAGAACAUUGGUGGAGGCAAGCCAAGGAUCCAUUGAUAACAGUACCGAUGAUGGGGGAGGAAUAGGGGUUGUACCUGCGUCAUUCCAAGACCUUCUGGAGGAUAUGACAUCUGGCAGACAAGACCUUAACGCUUUUGCUUUCAAGACCAAGGCGAUGCUACAUAUGAUGGAGCGCAAGGUUCAAUUUGCCAGGCAGCGUGAGUCCAUUUACUGGCAUUUAGCGUCACAUGGUGUCCCCAGGAGCUUACAUUGCUUUUGCCUUAAAUUGGCUGAAGAAUAUGCAGUAAAUGCUGUUGCUCGUUCUCGUUUACCUCCACCUGAAUAUGUUUCUCGCUUGGCUGACCCUUCCUUCCACCACCUUGUUGUCCUAACUGAUAAUGUCCUUGCUGCCUCUGUUGUUGUCUCUUCCACCAUUAGGAACUCAGUAUAUCCUGAAAGAUUGGUGUUUCACAUAAUCACUGACAAGAAAACUUACACUCCGAUGCAUGCAUGGUUCGCAAUCAAUUCUAUUAAAUCAGCGGUGGUGGAAGUCAAGGGAUUGCACCAAUAUGAUUGGUCCGAAGAAGUGAAUGUUGGAGUUAAAGAGAUGUUGGAUAUUCAUCGUUUAGUUUGGGGCCAUUACUACAAUAGUCUAAAAUCGGAAGAAGUUCAAUUGGACGAGCAUGAGCCAGGUCUAGAGGCUCUAAGGCCCAGCCAUCUCUCCCUUAUGAAUCAUCUCCGAAUUUAUAUCCCUCAGCUGUUUCCAGAUCUCAACAAGGUAGUGUUUUUGGAUGAUGAUACUGUAGUGCAGCAUGAUAUAUCAUCCCUGUGGGAAUUGGAUCUCCACGGGAAAGUUAAUGGUGCUGUAGUGAACUCAAUGUGUGGAGACAAUUGUUGCCCAGGAAGAAAAUUUAAGGACUACUUGAAUUUUUCCAACCCAAUUAUAUCAUCCAACUUCAACUGUGAUAGCUGUGGAUGGUUGUAUGGUAUGAAUGUGUUUGACCUUGAAGCAUGGAGGAGGACAAACAUCACAAAAAUUUACCAUCAGUGGCUUAAACUUAGCCUCGAGUCUGGAUUGGGACUAUGGUACCCAGGAAUGCUUCCUCCUGCUUUGAUUGCUUUUGAGGGUCAAGUGCACCCCAUUGAUCCUUCAUGGCAUGCAGCGGGGUUGGGUCGAUCCACUGAAAUUGAGUUGUCACUGGAAAAUGCAGCAGUUAUACAUUUCAGUGGCCCUGCAAAGCCAUGGCUUGAGAUCGGUUUCCCCAAGGUACGAAGCUUGUGGAGCAGACAUGUAAAUUUUUCGAAUGAGUUUGUUAGGAAGUGUGGAAUUGCGAGGUGAAGAGGGCAAAGUUCUCUCAUUCUCGUGCUGUAAUUUUGGGCCUGACCAGAGGCAUAGUGUGACAGAGGGAAGAAGGUUUUACCUUCAGUCUCUGUUGAUGCUCCCCCACAGAUUAUGAGAUGUUUAAUCCAUGUUCAUAGUACAAAAUAGAUGAAGGUACUAGGUUCCAUAUAUCCGAAUUUUAGUUAUAAGUUACUUCUUUGUUUUUCCCUUUUUAUGUUUUUGAGAUUGGUUUAGACUGUUCCUGUUAGGGACCAUUGUGUGUUUUUUUUUUAUUUGUUUUUCUUUUUUCCCUUCAAAUUUUUUGAAUACCAUUGUCCACAGUGCAUAAAGUAAUGGACGGCCUUGCCCAACAUUUUGCCAAA